AUGGCUAAUCUUAUGUCUAAGAAGUUUUUGACCAUCCUGUUGUUGGGACAAUUGCUUUCGCUCUGUAUCACUGCAACGACCAUCUUCACGACCAAGCUGGCGCAGGGCGACAACCCGGUCUCGAUCCCGACCACACAGUCGUUUCUGAACUACCUUGUACUUGGAAUCGUUUAUACAUCCAUUACGAUCUAUAAGGAGGGCUUCCGAGGAUGGCUUGAGAUUAUCCGCCGCAGGGCUUUUUAUUACAUGUUGUUUGCGAUAGUUGAUGUAGAGGGUAAUUACUUUGUGGUUAAGGCCUACAACUAUACAUCACUACUUUCCGCCAUGCUGCUCGACGCCUGGACCAUCCCAUGUGUCGUCGUGCUCUCGGUCUUCUUCCUCAAGAUGCGUUUCAUCCGGUUCCACUACCUUGGUGUCUUUCUGGCCAUGGCCGGGAUGGGUUUCUUGAUCUGGUCCGACAUGGAGGCUGGCAAGGACUUUCCAGGAUCGGAUUAUGUCAAGGGCGACCUCUUCUGUCUCCUUGGCGCAACCCUCUAUGGGGUCUCGAAUGUCUACCAAGAGUUCUUGGUCCGACAGAGACCCAUGUACGAGGUCGUGGGUCAGAUGGGAUUUUGGGCCACGAUCCUGAAUGGCAUUCAAUUGGCUGUUCUGGAGAGGAACGAGAUCCGAUCUGUGGAGUGGACGCCGCAGGUGGUCGGAUAUAUCAUUGGAUUCGAUAUUGCGCUGUUCAUCAUGUACUCGGCCUCACCGAUCUUGUUCCGGCUCUCGUCUGCGACCUUCUUUAACUUGAGUUUGCUGACGAGCGACUUUUAUGGACUGAUCUUUGGACUCUUCCUCUUUGGUGCCAAGAUCAACCGCCUGUACCCCAUCGCGUACGUACUGAUCAUUGUUGGUAUCAUUGUCUACAACAUCUAUCCGGCGCCCGAGCCCAAGUUCGAGAAGAUCCUCCAACGAGAGCAGGGUAACAAAAGCCAGCUUGAUGUCAACAACAUCCUUCAGGAAGACGACGAAUCUAAUAUGGUCUAG